AUGCGUGGAAGCCGUAAUUUGCUGACGCAGAGAAUGGCCUCUUCGCGAGCUUCCGGCUCAUCUGGAGGUCUCAAAUUCGUCGGACUCACUGUUGGAGCAGUGGCCGCUGGAGCGACAAGCGUAGCUGUUUACGCAUCGUAUGAUAAUGAUUUUAGAAAAACUCUGGAAAAUUCGAUUCCUGGCUCUCGAAACAUAUUGAACUACACAAUUGGAGUCGAAGAACCACCAGCACCACGUCUCAAGGAUCUGCGUCCGUUGCAAUUCUCAGCAGACCCAAAAAUCGCUCCGAAACCGUUUGAACCGAAGCCAGUAGCCGAAAAGAUAGAAAAAGUGCUCGUUCAAGCUGAAAAGGCCCCUGAGAAGGCGAAAAAUCCAUACACCGGACCGAAGGAACCUGUAAAUCCCCAAAAGAAAAACGAAAAUCUCACAGAAUCGCUCAAAAAGCACCUAGUAGACGCGGAGAAAGCCACCAAGGCGGCCACUGGCGCCAAACUAGAGACAAUUCGAGCCAUUGAGCAUCAUAUUCAAACGAUUCGUGAGGCGAUUGAAGGAGGAAAAGAUGGAGAUUGGGAUGCGGUGACAAUCGCUCAUUUGAAAGCGAAACGGAUGGCUGAGGCGGAUGGAGAAUGGGAGAAGAAGGCUAGAAAUGCUGUGGCCGAGCUGGUUACAGAGGCGAAUUUGGGAGCACAAGGAGAGAUUACUCAGCUGAAUCCAUUGGUUCCAGUGUCCAAAGCAACUGCUUUAAAGCUCUCGAACGAGUUGGAUGAGAUGAUUUCCAAUGUGAAACACGUGGAUUCGGAGAGAAUCUUUGUGCACGACUACAGUGAUCGAGUGGCGGAGAGCCGAAAGAAAUUCCAGUUGGAGCUGAAAGCAGUGCAUCCGAAUUUGAAUUAUGAGGAGGGAAUGAAGCUGAAGAAGACGGAUUUGCAGACGAUUCUGGCUCAUGCGCACUUGAGAAUCGAUCAGCUCAGUCAGAAAUUGAUUUGUAACAAGCUCAGCGAAGAAAAACGCGUGCAAUCAAUCAUCUCGAAGAAGAAAGCGGAUCUUCUUGAGAAAUUGCGCCUUGAAGCGAAAAUCAAUGUGAUUCCGGAGGUUGAUAAGAAGAAAUUAGAUGAGGAGUUGGCUAGAGCAACAGCUGAGAUUCAGAAGAAGUAUGAUGAGAAGCUGAAGGAAGUCGUGAGAACCCAGAAGCAAUUAUAUGACAUAGAACAUGCGAAAGAUGUGGAUGAAGCUGUUCAAAAGGAGAGAAAUGUUCAUUCGACGGCUGUUGGAAAGGCGUUGGCUCAAUUGGAAGGAAUCGAGAUGGCGCUUGCCGGACAUCUUCAUAUGGAUAUUGAGAAUAGGAAAUCCAAACAAAUGUGGCUGGCCACUCAGAAUCUCAAGGAAACCGUUGUGUUCGGGAAUCGUGCCAGCUGUUGUAUGGAGGGAAGACGUGCGCCGUUGGGUGAUCAGAUGAAGACUCUCCUCUCGUGCGGUGGAAACACUGACGAAUUCGUCAAAACCGUCGACUCGGCGAUGGCAAAAACGUCAAAAAUCCGAGGAGAAUACACCGAAGAGGACCUCAACACCCGUUUCAACAAAGUCUGCCGUAUCGGACGUCGUGUUGCCUAUGUUCAUGAUGGAUCUGGAGCUCUCGGACACCUUUAUUCCUGGCUCAAGGCCUCAUUGACAUUCCAAUUGCCUAUUGGAACCAAUGACACUGUCACCCCAUCUGCUGAGAACAAUUUCAGCCUUCUGACACGUGCUGAAGCUCUCUGGAAGGCUGGAAAGAAGGGAGACGCUGUUCGUGUGCUCCAGAUGACCGAUGGAGCUACGAGAAGAGUCGCAACGGACUUCAUUCAAGACGCACGUCGUCAUCAGGAAGCACUUCUUCUCUCACGUCUUCUAUUGGCUCAUGCAGCUCUUACUUCGAUUCGUUCUACUUAUUGA